UUCCAGAUGUUCCAGCUGUGACUUCUCUCCAGCCCCUUGAUGGGACCAUCUGAAGGGCUGUCGUCCGCUGGCUGGAGGUACACGGAAGCAGAGAUGCCGGCUGGUUCCCAGCCCAGUGAGAAGAGCAGGGGGUGGAGGCCUGGAGAUGGGGGCGUGGCCCCUUCACCCCUCCCCCCAGCCCUGUCCCUCUUCCUCCUCCUGCCACUGGGUGAGUGUUCCCAGCCAGUCCCUGCUAUUUCUUCCUGGCUCUUGGUUUUCUCAACUGUCCUGCAUGGCUGUCUGGUAGCCAUCUCAAUAUUUCGAUGGGGCGUGCACAACUGCUUUCACUAUGAGGAUGUUGCUGUUCUGUGCGAUGAAUUCUUGCUGACACAGCCCCCAACAAGGAAGGUGCUAAGCAGUAGAGCGCCCCCUACAACUCCUCAGAAUGGGAAAGGUGAGGGCAGCGUGCGCCUGGUGGGGGGCGCGGGCCCUUGUCAGGGCCGAGUGGAGAUCCUGCACGGCGGCCUGUGGGGUACGGUGUGUGACGAUGACUGGGGGCUGCCGGACGCCGCUGUGGUCUGCCGCCAGCUAGGCUGCGGGGCGGCCUUGGCCGCCACCACCAACGCCUUCUUCGGCUUUGGCACGGGGCACAUCCUGCUGGACAACGUGCACUGUGAAGGCAGCGAACCCCGCCUGGCAGCUUGCCUGAGCCUGGGCUGGGGCGUGCACAACUGUGGUCACCACGAAGACGCGGGCGCGCUCUGCGCAGUCCUGGGUCCCACAACUCUCACAGCACUGCCACCCUUGGCCACAAGAGCAGAUGGGGCCUGGCACACUGAGCCAUCAGGUACCAGAGUUGGUGCCCAGUCUUCUGGGGAGUCGGUUCUGUCCACCACACCCACCUGGGCUGCGGGGAAGAAAAGCGGGCGGCUGCGGCUGGUGGGCGGCCCGGGCCCGUGCCGUGGCCGCGUGGAGGUGCUGUACGCCGGGGGUUGGGGCACCGUGUGCGACGAUGACUGGGACUUCGCGGACGCGCGCGUGGCUUGCCGCGAAGCGGGCUGCGGACCUGCGCUGGGCGCUACGGGUCUCGGUCACUUCGGCUACGGCCGCGGCCCGGUGCUGCUGGACAAUGUGGGCUGUGUGGGUACCGAAGCCCGCCUGAGCGACUGCUUCCAUCUGGGCUGGGGGCAGCACAACUGCGGUCACCACGAGGACGCGGGCGCUCUCUGCGCAGGCCCAGAGGAAGUGGGACUGCAGGUCCAGCAGGACGGCCCUGAGACCACUCGGGUGCCCACACCUCGACCCAGGGAUGGACACCUACGUCUGGUCGGUGGAGCCAACCGAUGUGAGGGGCGUGUAGAGCUCUUCCUAGGGCAACGGUGGGGCACAGUUUGUGAUGAUGCCUGGGACCUGAGGGCAGCUGGUGUCCUGUGCCGCCAGCUGGGCUGUGGCCCGGCUCUGGCAGCCCUUGGUGAGGCCCACUUUGGCCAAGGUCGAGGCCCCAUCCUUCUGGACAACGUCAAGUGCCGUGGGGAUGAGAGCACCCUACUGCUCUGCUCUCACAUUCGCUGGGAUGCCCACAACUGUGACCACAGUGAGGAUGCCAGUGUCCUGUGCCGGCCCUUGUGACCAGCUGGCUCCACAGACCACCACUUCUUCCGGGAGCCUACUGUAACCUGUCCCUCUUCCUCCAGGAAGCCUUCCUCCAGUGACUUCUGCAGUUCUCCCUGCCCCUCCCUCCCCUACUUGGGAGAAAGUCUGCCCAGAGGGGAAGUCCCGCCUAGGGGAACCUGGCUCUGUCCCCAUCAACUUCUUGGGUGACCUCGAUCUGUCAUCAACUAUUGCAGUCCAGUGCAGUGAACACAUCCAUGUUUUGUUUAGCCAAAACAGAAAAUGGCAGGGAGGGGUUGGGGACUCUGGAGUCUUCUCUUCAUGGGAACUCCUAUUACAGUACUAUUGACCCUGCCUCCUUCUACCUGGAUCCAGAAGGCUCAGGGUUCCUCUGUAAAUGGGAUGCCUUCCCUUCCCUUCCCUGACCUAUCUGGGGAUCCCUAAGCAGGGGAGCCAGGAGGCACAUGCAGCUCUUUCCUUAGACUCCCAGGGGCUGCAGAAAAACCUGGGUCAUUGCCUGACCUUCUCCAUGAAGGCCUGGAUUUAGAUGGUGCUCGGCUGGACAAGGGGGCUGGAGGGGCCAAAGCAGGGACAGUGGCUCCUCCCUGCAGCUGGAACCAGCAGCUCUGAUUUAUCUGCCCCCUCCACAGCCUCCACUUUGCAGUAGCAAAGAAGCCUGGGGGCCUGUAGCCACCAGUUCAUAGGUGCCAACUCAAUAAAGCAUUGUCCCCCUGACUUUUAACUGAGG